UGCUCGGCCACGCGGAAGCUGGAAACGUCAGUCGUAGCUGAAGCGCCGCGGAGCCAAUCAGAAGCGUCCAGGUCAGAGGAGGAGAAGAUGGCGACUGCAGCAUCGAGGAGCGGGAGGAACGGGUUGCUGGAGAAGUGGAGGAUUGAUGAGAAACCAGUAAAGAUCGAUAAAUGGGACGGAGCAGCUGUGAAGAAUUCUCUGGACGACGCUGCCAAGAAGGUGUUGUUGGAGAAGUUCGGUUACGUGGAGAACUUCCAGCUGGUGGAUGGGCGUCUGAUGAUCUGCACCGUUUCCUGUUUGUUUGCCAUGUUGGCGCUGGUGUGGGAUUAUUUGCACCCGUUCCCUCAGUCCAGACCCGUGUUAGCCUGCUGCGUCAUCUCGUACUUCAUCAUGAUGGCCGUCCUUACUGUCUACACGUCGUAUAAAGAGAAGAACAUUUUCCUGGUGGCUCUGAACAGAGAUCCAACUGGAAUGGAUCCAGAUCACAUGUGGCAGCUCUCCUCCUCCCUCAAACGGUUUGAUGACCAGUACACGCUCAGAGUUUCCUUCACAGACGGGAAGUCGAAGAACUCGAGGGAGACGGAGUUCACCAGGUCGGUGUCUGCGUUCUUCGACAUCAAUGGAACGCUGGUGAUGGACCAGUUUGAAAAGUCUGUUUCCCAACUGCACGACACGCUCGCCAUGGACAAGAAAACAAAAUGAACCCGCACAACGUGGUCGUCGGAAGCUGUGAGAGGCUCCUCAGUUAAUUGGUUCUCAUCUCAUUAAAUCUGCUCAAAGAGUCUGUGAUGCCACAUGUGGUUGUUCGUAACCCUAGUAACCGUUUGUGUCAUCGGGUAAAAACAUUUUAAAUUUUUUUCUUCAGAAAUCACGUCUCAUUGUUUUGUGGCUAAAGCUUAAAGUUCAGCUUCUUGUUCUGAUUCGUCUGAAUUGAUACUUUUGUUUUGAAAGUUUGAUGCAGCUUCCUGUGUCUGUGCAGGUUAAUUAGUUUAGUUUUUUCAGAUAUUUUGUGAAAACAAAUAAAGUUCCUGAAACAUU